GCGCCCACAUACACGGCUCAUCCCCUGCCCGAAACAAGGAAAUCCAGACACGCACGAUGCUUUCGUCGCCAUCUCCUCCCACCCUCUGCAGCCUCCUCCUCCCCACACCCCCUCCCUCCUACUCCGGCCACCCCCACCACCCGCGCCGCACAUCCCCAAGCCGCCACCGCGUGCGCCCACGCAGCUCCAACCCCAACGCGCCGAGCUUCCCCAAGCCCAACCCCGACCCACCCCCGCCGCCGCCGCGCCGUCUGCACGCCGAGGACCGCCGCCUGAGCUCGCUCGUCCACCGCGGCGACCUCGACGCGGCGCUCCGCGUCGUCGAGUCCUCUCCCUGCCCGCCCGACGUCCUGCUCGCCAACAAGCUCGUCCGCGACCUCUGCCGCCGGGGCCGCCUCAACGACGCCGCGCGCGUCGUCGAGGCGUGCGGCUCGGCGGCCACGGCCGUCACCUACAGCGCCCUGGCCGACGGGUACUGCCGCGUGGGGAGGCUCGACGAGGCGCGCCGCGUCGUGGACGGCAUGCCCGUGCGGCCCAGCGCGUACGCCUACAACCCGCUCAUCCACGCGCUGUGCGUGCGCGGCCAGGUCACGGACGCGCUCGUGGUGCUCGACGGUAUGCUCUCCCGGGGUUGCCCCCCUGACGUCGUCACCUACAACAUCCUCCUUGAGGCGACGUGCAAGGGUAGCGGGUACAGGCAGGCCAUGGAGCUGAUCGAUCUGAUGCGCGCCGAGGGGUGCACGCCAACCAACGUGACAUACAAUGUUAUCAUGGACGGAAUGUGCAGAGAAGGCGAUGUGGACGGCGCCCGUGAGUUGUUGAACACCUUGCCUUCUCACGGGUGCACGCCAAACACCGUCAACUACAACACUAUCUUGAAAGGUUUGCGCACCGCCGGGCGGUGGGCGGACGUUGAGGAGCUUAUAGAUGAGAUGUUCAGGGGGAAUUGUCCCCCGAGCGAAGCAACCCUCAGUGUGGUCAUCAGUUCCUUGUGUCAACAAGGAUUGCUCCAGCAGGCGAUUAGGCUUCUCGAGAAAAUGUCAAAGCAUGAAUGCACGGCAAAUAUUGCUACUUACAAUGCUGUCAUCAGUGCCCUUUGUGAGCAAGGCCAUGUGGCUAAUGCCUUGGAGUUACUAGUGAAGAUGGAAUCCCAUGGUUGUAAACCUAAGACCACUACCUAUAACAUUUUAGUGAAGGCUUUGUGCAGUGGUGAUCAAUGGGAGGAUGCUGAGGAGCUAAUGCCGAAGAUGAGCCAAACUGAUCAACUUCCAGAUAUUUCACCAUUCAAUACACUCAUUGGUAUCUUGUGUCAAAAAGGGUUGACGCUGAAGGCCAUCGAAGUAUUUAGGCAAAUGCCCAAGAAAGGCUGCUAUCCUGAUUCAGUCACUUACAGUACACUAAUAGACGGGCUUGCCAAAACUGGCAACAUGGAGCAAUCCCUUGAGUUGUUGAAUGAAAUGGGCAACAAAGGAUUCAACUCAGAGGUAAAAUAUGAGCUGUUAGCCGAGUUUCUGGAUGAAGAUGAUAAAGUUGAAGAGGCAAUCCAGGUGGUUCAUAAACUGCAAGAUACAGGCAUAUCACCCCAUGCUGUUCUCUACAAUACAAUACUCUUAGGGCUUUGCAGAAAUGGGAAAACAGAUUAUGCUAUUGAUAUUUUUGCUGAUAUGGUGUCUGAUGGUUGCAUGCCUGAUGAAUCGACUUACAUUAUACUCAUUGAUGGUUUGGCACAUGAAGGCUAUAUGAAGGAGGCAAGAGAAUUGUUAAGCAAGUUGAGCUCUAGAGAUGUUGUCGUUGACAAUUUGACCAACAGUGAUGCUUCGCUGUCUGAUCAAAAUAUUCACACUUCUUAAGUUAUGAUGACAUCAAGGCUAGCUUGUGCUCUUAACUUUGUUAUGUUAUAGCGAUGAGGUAGGAUAGUGCUUACACACUGCUUCAGUUUUGUUGAUAUGUAAGUUCUCUCUGCUUUAGCCGUAUCGUAGCUUAGAGCUUAGUCUCCAUCUUAAGAUUGUUGUGUAACAAUGUACUCAAUUAUCUUGCAAUUUUGGCUGGUCAAUCA